AUGGGUGCAGCAUAUGUGAUCGCUGGUCGUAAAGUUGCAUCUCAAUAUUUAACACUUGGAACUUAUUCGGUAGUUGGAUUGGUUGCUUUCCUAGCAAUCAGAAGAUCUAAGGCAAAAAAACCUGAUCCGUUUACUUCCAGUCCACCAAUCAAUGCGUCUUCAGUUGAAGAGGAAUUGUUCAUUAAAGAAUUUAUGAAAAGUGAAGCCGAAGAAAAUAAAAAUGCUCAUUAA